CGCCGGUAUCAUCAUUCUUUAAAAAAAAAGUGAAUUUCAUGCAAUUUUAGUGCUUUAAAAUGUUACGAAAUUCUGCAAAACUCACGGCAAAUUUUGUGGGAAGGAGCAGCUUUCGUUCGCACCGCUGGCAGGUUCGACCAUGUUCCUCCACCAGCAAAAGAAUUGAAUCCCCAGAGGAGCUGUUCGAGCAGCUCAAGGACAAAAUUCGCUACAGUUCCUUCGUGGAAAACAACACUCUGAAGCUGGGCUACAGGAGGAACAAAAUCAUCGAGUCACGAUUGGCCAAAGCUAAGCGGGAUCACUUGACACAUCAGAUUCGGGCCCAGCCAUUUCCGGUCGCACUGGAGCAGUUGUAUGGCGAAAGGUUCCAAGAUCCCUCGCCGGUGGAUGCCGAGGAAUCCGAAGAAGUAGUUGACUAUUUUCCCUACCAGAAACUCGUGAGGAAGAUUGAACGGGUGCCCCGGGAUGAAUCCUCCUCGGCGGAAGAAGCAGCACCGACAACCGGUGAUUGGAUGUCCGAUUACGAGUAUUAUGAAGAGGAUGAAAACGAUGAUCGAACGUCCUUCUAUGGAACGCCAGAUCCGACCCAACCAGUUUCUAAAAUUCCUUGCGGUGGCUGUGGAGCAUUGCUGCAAUGCGCCGAACCAAGCAUUCCCGGGUACCUGCCCAGUCAGCUGUUUAAGAAUAAAUCCAAGCAGCAGCUAAUGACCACCAUCUGCCAGAGGUGCCACUUUCUGAAGAACUACAACACCGCAAUCAACAUCACCGUUUCACCGGAUGAUUACGUCGAAAUGAUAUCCUCCAUCAAGGAUACGAAGUCACUCGUCCUGUUGCUGGUGGAUCUCCUCGAUUUCCCGUGCUCCAUCUGGCCGGGUCUGUCGGAAAUUCUUGGACCCAAACGAUCGAUAAUCGUCGUCGGGAACAAAGUCGACCUUCUUCCACGGGACUGCCCUGGCUAUCUGGACAACAUUCAGAACAACCUGACCAAAACCUUCCUGGAGGCAGGCUUCACCAGAAAUAACAUCAAACACGUGUCGCUCAUCUCGGCCACCACCGGUUAUGGAGUCGAACAGCUGAUCACCAAAAUCCACAACGUCUGGGGAACACGUGGCGACGUCUAUCUGGUAGGAUGCACCAACGUCGGCAAGAGCUCCCUGUUCAACGCCCUUCUCCGGUCCGAUCUGUGCAAAGUCAAAGCAACCGAUCUAGUCCAACGAGCCACGGCUUGCCCUUGGCCCGGCACGACUCUCAAGAUGCUAAAAUUUCCCAUCCUAAGACCUUCUGAUUACAGGCUCUAUCUUCGCUCGAAACGACUUCAGUCCGAACGCGUCAUACUAACCGAAGAGGAAAAACUACGCAAGCAUCAAGCCAGAAGCACCGGAUCACCCGAAUUCGCCACUCUAAUUGGUCACAUUGGUCAAACCUUCGCCGACGAAAAACCGGAAACGGCAGACAGUUUUUCCAUCUCGCAAAGAGGAUCUGGUCCGUCCCCCAUCCUGACUCUUAAUGAAAAAAGCGACGACUACAUCAACAGCAAAUGGUGCUACGACACGCCGGGAGUAGUCCAACCGGACCAAAUCACAAACCUCCUCACCACCGACGAACUGCUUCUCACCAUACCGAAGCAGAUGAUCCGUCCGAGAGCGUACCUCUUGAAGACGGGACUCACGCUGUUCCUAGCCGGUCUAGGGCGUCUGGACUACCUCGAAGGACCGGAAUCGACUCGGGUUCUCCUGUACGCUUCCCCAAACCUCCCGACACUGAUCUGCGACACCGUCCACGCCGAACACAUCUACCAAAAACUUCUGGGAACGGAAUACCUCCGGGUACCGCGAGCCGAUCCGGAACGGCUAGCCAAGUGGCCCGCCCUGGAAGCCAGUCCGGAUAUUCUGCUCUACGGUGAGGAAAAGCACAUUUCCGUAGCAGACGUGGUGCUGUCGUCAGCCGGGUGGAUCGCAGUGAAUCUACCGGAUGGUGCAGAAGCGAUUUUCCGCGCCUGGACUCCGGAAAAGCGGGGCAUCUACGUGAGGCAACCGGCACUGUUGCCAUUCGGUAUGGCGCUGAAGGGCAAGAGGAUACGGGGCAGUUUAGCCUAUCGGGAAGGGGACGCAUUUUUGAAGCAGUGAGCAGCAGUCAGAGUUAUACAUUGAAGGGUAGAAUGUUAGCCGGUUUUCCGUUUGUGUUCCGAAAGUCCCUGUUGCGGAUUGUGGAUCGGGAUUGAUCGUAUGCAGCAGUGGAAGCAGCGUUUGCGUCUUUGAUCGGGGAGACUGCGAGGAUUGGGAUCACGGUAGGCAACGUGGCAGCAAUGGUGGUGUUCGAUGGUGAUAAGUUUGG